UAGCCUUAGACAAUGGCAGGAAGCUCUCGACUUCCCGACCUCAGACUGGAUAGAGACUUGCCACACAGUUCGACAGACCAUUCACUGGUGGUAGGAGCCAGCUGCUGUGACAGACAACAUUCAGGGUGAACGGACCAUCCGACCUAAACACUGGAGGUGCCCGUGACACUAUGGUGGUCUGAUCUCUGAGCAACUUGAACUUGGCAGUAGAAUCUGUCUUUUUCCUCAGAGGGAACUCUGGUCUGCAAGUUCAUUUUCUCCACAUGCUGGCCCCUUUGGUGUACUGACAGGGGAUGGGUCACAGCCAUGGGUUGGAGCUUGUGGUCGUAGAUCCAUGCGGUUCCUCCUCAGAGGCGUCCCUCGCUCUGUCUGGAUCUGAAGAUGCCAUUCCUCAGAUUCCUCGUAUGCUCAGUGGCGCUGGUGCAGUACUUCACUCUGACGGCGGAGACCUCCGUGAACAUUCAGUGCCCCAAAGGUUGCAGCUGCUCUGCUUACCGCCAGCACAUCAGCUGUACCAACAUCAGCCUGGCCGAUAUUCCCACCCAGCUGCCCGAGAUCACCUCCCAGCUCCGUCUCAGUUCCGAACACCUGCCGGAGAUUCCAGCCAACGCUUUUCUCAGUCUGUCUGGUCUGACCAUUCUGUACCUAAACAACAACAACAUCAGCAGGCUCAAGCCUGGUGCUUUCAAUGGACUGAAUCAACUGGAGUUCCUGCACCUCAACAACAACAGUAUCGAAGAACUAGAAGUUGGAGCCUUUGAAAAUGUAACAACUUUGGCAUUUCUACACCUGGAAAACAAUCUCCUUACCGAUAUAGUACCAGGUGUGUUUUCCUCCUUGACAAAAUUGAACGUUCUCGACCUUCGCAACAACCGACUCACCACUGUGGCAGACCUUACAUUCAAGAGCCUUUCAGCACUGCGAUGGCUAUUACUCAGCAAUAACCAAAUCACUACCAUCUCCUCAAAGGCCUUCGCUGGCAAUAGAGUCCUCAGGAAGCUUUGCCUCAACAACAACAAUCUGACUACUGUGCCACUCCGUGCCCUGCGCGCCCUGAGGAGACUAGAAAUCCUGCAGCUAAGCAACAACAACAUGUCCAGUUUGAAGUCAAUCAUUUUUGAACCAAAGUUAAAGUUCCUGUCAGAGCUUUAUUUGGACAACACAUUUCUGGAUGAGGACCCUGCCCAGGCACUUUCCAGGCUUCGAAAGCUGGAGAUUCUGAGCAUGAGGAACAACCGCCUGGUAACCCUUUCCUACACCAAAUCCUUCAAGUCUGUCAAGUGGUUUGGACUGAGCGGGAAUGCCUGGAGGUGUGAUUGUCAGCUGAUCUGGCUCCGAGCGUGGCUUCUGAAACAGACCGAAGCAGACCAGAGAGAGGUGAUGUGUAGUUCACCCAGUCCACAUUCAGGGAAACUUCUGGUCAAUGUACAGCCGCAGUUUCUGACUUGUCCUCCAUACAGUUUUGAAGUUGCUACCACUCCAUCACUAACAGCCAAGAAUAAAACUUCCACUCCAAGAGGUCCUCCUCCUCCUCCUCAAGGUACUGCUCAGGCCUUGCCUCCAAAGGUGAGCAGCAAACAGACAAUUAUGAAGGUUAACACGAUAGAAAAGGCCCUCCCCAUGAAUCUUGACCCGUGUCUCUCAAAUCAGAUCAAACAGGUCACUGUGAGUGAAGUGACCACAACCACCUUGCUGGUGAACUGGGAUGUUCUGAAAGACAUGGGCGAUGAUUACGAGGUUCGCUACAGCACUGUUACACAAGUGCAAAGGCUUCGCAUGAUUGGAGGGGUUAGAGAAGUGGAACUGAGUCAACUCAAUGCUGGAACAGUUUAUAAAAUCUGUGUGAUCCCUCAGAGCAACAUCAUCAAUAAAUGCCAUCAGCCUGCUUCCAAUCAGUGCUCAGAAGCACAUACUUCAGGUAAUACAGAGUCUGUACAGUCUAAGAAUGCAUUAGUGGGAGGAAUCACUGUGAUGGUUAUUCUAUUAAUUACCAUUGCCUUAAUUGCUGCCUUCAAACUCAAGUCAAGGCACACAGGCUUCCAGAGACAUUAUGAUGAAGAUGCAUCCACAUACAUUGAACAUUUUGAAAAGGAUCAAAGCAAGGUGGACUUUGAUCAUAUUAACAGCGCUUUUGAAGAAGUCACUGAUGACAGCAAUGUGCAUUUUUCUCACUUGGCUCAAAGUCCAAAGGUUGAGGACAUGUGCACACUGGAUUGCUACAUAGCCCCUGAAGCUGAGUUUGGGGCCACACUCAAAUGUACAUCUUUAAGCAACGAUGCCUUGUAACAUACAGUGCCAAUCUGACAUCAUUGAUACAUUGUAGGCAAUGGGUAACCUGCCCGAUUCCAAAUGAACACAUGUCCCUUUGAAAGGAACAAGAUGCCUUCACUAAAAAUAUAAAAAUCAUUUAAUCCUUUCUGAAUCAUAUCAACAUUUACUUGUGCAUUGACUCUUUACUGGAGGAAUAAUUUGAACAGGGGGAAAAAAGAAUGAUUCAUGAAGACAUUUGAGCUUUCACUGCAAGUAACUGCAGCAUUGUGCUCAGCAUUUAAAACAGAGAAAGAUCUGAUGCUGUUACUGUUCAGUGAUUCCUGGCAUUGCUUGGCUAGUGUUUUAUCCUUCAAACACAGAUGAUGUGUCAUUAAUACGGAUCAUGUAGUCAUCAUCUCACUUAGUACAUGCAAAUUGACCGCCAUUUUUCCUGCAACAGUGAAUACAUUUCAAAAGUACUUUAUUGGCUGUGAAACACUCUAGAUAUCUUGAGGUUGCAACAGUAGAUAUAUUAAUGCAAGGCCAACCAUCUUUACUGGUGUCUCUGCUCUUUACAUAGAUUCAGUCAAUUGCCAAUGGUGCAAGGAAACCAUUGUGAAUUAGUCUCUGAAGUGACUAACUGGGCAUUGAGUAGUUUCAAUGUCACAUAGCCCUAUUCUCAGAAAAUAAAAUACACAUUAUGACACUGCCAAGAAAGUGAAUCCUUCAGAUAAAAGGUAGUACUCCCAAUUACUUCAUUUAGAGAGAUUGUACUUUGGUUAUAGCAAAAUAGUUGCUUUCAACAUGGAUGAUUUCAAAAUGAUCUAGCGAGACAUAUUGUGGUAUCAGACUGCUAUAUAAAAGGAAAGAGGUAUAAAACAAUGCAGAGCACUAUGCUUCACUCUAGGGACUGAAAUGCAGUGACAACAAAAGCACACCAAGCCCGGUUAGCCUCUGACAACAGUGGCAAAACUAUGACAACCUGAUACUCAUACUCACGCCGUCAUGUGUCUCAGCCAGCAUCCCAGACUAUUAGCAAUCCUGGGUAUUUCCUAUAUGACCAGCAGGAUAGACCUACUGUAUCACUGCCUCCUUUGUUCAGUGGCAAUUAAGGUUGGACAAUAAAUGCCAGACAAUAAAUGCCAAUAUUGUUAGAAACAUCCAGGUCUGUGAAGAAAUAAAUAGGAUAAAAGCAAAGCACAAUAGUUUACAUUUCUUAACAUCAACUCAAUCCCCGGGUGUCCCUGGGUCAAACACAGGUAGGAAGCCACGUGAUGAUCACUACUUGGAUAUCACUAUACCGGAAACAGCAAAGUACUCUGGCUGGGGGACUUCCCUCUCCAAGAAUGGCUUAGUCACACCAUCAUUAUCUAAACUGGCCAAGUCUUGAAGGAUAAACUUGUCAGAUUGAAGAGUAAAUGGUAAAUCAACAAGGAGAGAAAAAACCUCCUUGUUGUCAAUAAUGCAUAUGCCCGUGGUUGUAUUGAUGCAAAUGACCACUGCAGUCUUUGUGGAAAAUUAUUUGGGUAUGCCCCAUCGGCAAAUGCUGGACAAAACCAAUCUAAUGGACAAGCAGCAUUUAUUUCUCAAUAAUCUGUUCACCAAAGCUCUGUGUUCCACCAGGAACAUUCACUUCUUGUUUGGACUGGAAAUCUGCUGGAUUCUGUCAGCCAGAGUGGGAAUCUAUCAGGAUUUUAGAACAUUGCAUACCAGGAACUUUGGCUGAAUGGAAAUAAUAACUAGACUAUUGUGCUUUGCAAUCUGCCAGAUUUUCCACAUCAGAUUUUAAGGACAAAACUAACAUUCCAAUCAUAUGACAUAUUGACCAUCUGAUGCAAGAAAAUCAGUGAGAACAAGUCAGGAAAUGGCUGCUCUGAAAGACCUUUUAUAGAUAGAUCAGAGGGAACACCAUGCUCUUCAGGAAAUGGCUUGAGCGCCAAUAGGAGGACAAAGCUCCAACUGAAAACCCACAGGAGAUUAAAUUCAACACCAAAGAUUCUGAAGUUGUUUAUCACAUCUUACGUAUUCUGUUCUUAGCAACAAACUUUAGAUCAUGUCACAGAAUGCAAUACCUCCAUGUUCCUGUUUACGGUUUUCCAACGUCCUCUAGUUUUAUUCACCUCUGAUAAGGGGAAAAGUUUCCUGCAGUCUACCCUGUCUAUACCCCUCAAUCAUGUCCCUCUCAACCUCCUCUACUCCAAGGAAAACAGAACUAGCUUCUCCAAUCUCUCUUCGUAACCAAAAUGAUCCAUCCCAGGCAACAUCCUGGUGAAUCUCCUCUCCAGCUUCCCCAGCACCAUCAUAGAUCUUUUUUAUAGUGUGCUGAUCAGAAAUGCACAUAGUACUUCAGCCAAGGUCAAAUUAAUGUAUUAUAAUAAGUUGGAGCAGAACAUCUCUGCUCUUGUAUUCAAAGCCCUGACUAAUGAAGCUCAGGAUCCCACCUUCUUAACCAUGUUAUCUACCUGUUCUGCCAGCUUCAUGAAUCUUUGGACUUGCAUGUCAAAUUCCCUCUGCUCCUCAAUACUUCCAUUCACAAUGCAUAUCCUAGCUUCAUUAGUACUCCCAAAAUAUAUCCUCACAUUCUUCAGGAUUAAACUCCAUCUGCCAUUUCUCAGCCAAUUUUGCCAACACAUCAAUAUCACCCCGUAACCACACUGCCAAAUCUACCAAUCUUAAGAGUCAUCUGCAAACCAAUUGAUCAUUCCUCCUAGAUCCACAUCCAAAUCAUUCAUGUAUAUUAUAAACAGCAGGGGUCCCAGCACCAAUCCCUGUGGAACACCACAAGGAUCCAAUCACAAAAACAACCUUCUACUAUCACCCUGUCUCCUAUUGCCAAGCCAAUUUUGGAUCCAAUUUGCUAAUUUGCUCUGGAUUCCAUUGGCCAUAAUCUUUUGGACCAGUCUCCCAUGUGGGACCUCAAAGGCCUUACAGAAGUCCAUGUAAACCGCAUCUACUGUAUGUGUGGAAAUCACUACUGUAUGUAAAUAUGUUUUCACCUCUUCAAAAAAAAAAUUCAUUCAGAUUGGUCAGACAAGACUUGCCUUUGACAAACUCCGCUUGCCAGCUCUGAUGAGUUCCUGCUUUUCCAAGUGAUUAGUCCUAUCCCUCACAUUUUUCACCAAUAACUUCCCUAGCAACGAUGUUAGGCUCACAGGUCUGCAAUUACCAGGCUUUUCCCUGCUGCCUUUCUCAAAAAGGGUGACAUUUGCUACCGUCCAGUCAUCUGAUACCUCACUUGUGGCCAAUGAAAAUUUAAAAAUCUUAGCCAGAGCCGCAGCAAUUUCUUCGCUUGCCUCCCAUAGCAGUCUGGGAUGAAUCUCAUCCAGCCAUGGGGAUUUAUCCACCUCCAAGCCCACUGAGGCAUCGAGCACCUCCACUUUAUGGAGACUUGUACCAGAAUUUCACCUUCCCCCGACUUCUCCAACUAUGGUCCAUUUCCUAUGUGAACACUGAUGAAAAGUAGUUAUUUAGGACCUCACCAUCACCUUCUGGCUCCACACACAGAUUGCCCAUUGUCCCAAAUGGGCCCUACUCUUUUCCUGGUUAUUUUAAUAUAUAAAAUGCCUUCAGAUUUCUUAAUCCUGUCUGUCAGUGAUUUUUUGUGACCCUUUCCUAAUCCCCUUUUUAAGUGUUACCUUACACUAUCUAUACUCUUGAGGGGCUUCCCCCAUCUUAAGUUCUUUAUACCUGUUAUACAUGCCCCUUCUCUUUAUCCAACCCUCAAUAUCCCCCAACAUCCUGGUAUCCCUGCACUUGUUACCUUUGGCUUUUGCUUUUACAGGAACAUGUUGGCCCUAAACUCUUGCUAUUUCUCCGUCUAAUGUUUCCCACUGUGAUUUACCUGCAAGUAGAUGCUUCCAGUUUACUUUUGCUGGGUCCUGCCUUCCCGCAAUUUAAGACCUUUAUUCCUGGUCUAUCCCUACCUUUUGCCAUAUUCACUUUGAAAUAUAUGGAGUUAUGGUCACGAUCUCCAAAAUGCUUCCUCAAUAAUCUAACCAGCUAUAUUCCCCAAGGUCCAGUUAUGCUACUUCUCCCAAUGGUUUAUCUACAGGUAUACACUGCAUCAAAAAGCUCUUCUGAGAACACCUCAGAUUUUGCACGCUUUGAACCUUUUAUGUUAAAGCAAACCCAGUACAUCCUUGGGAAAUUGAAAUCCAAAUCCACUAGAACUCUUACCUUUCUUUUAAAUCACAUCUCUCUGCUAUUUGCCUACAUAUCUAUGCCUCUAUCUCUUGUUGACUAUUAGGUGAUCUGUAAUAUACCCCAAAAAGUGAUGACAUCUUUUUUGUUCCUAAUCUCUACCCACAAACACUCAUUUGAGGAGCCGCCUAGGAUAUCCUCCCUCAAUACUAAAGUAAUACGUUCCUUGUCUAAUAGUUUAAUGCCACUUUCUCACCUGAAAAUUCUGUACCCCAGGAUAGAGUUGCCAGUCCUGCCUGUCUUUCAACCAUGUCUCAGUGAUGGCAACAAUGGCAUAGUUCUGCAUAUUAAUUUAUAGCUUCACCAAGAACAACUGACAGCAUUAGGCACAGAUCAAGCAGUCUUCUUGAUCAUAGAAUCUAGAGUUGGAAACUUCGAUCGAUUGAUUGAUGCUUCAUUUGUGUGGAAUUGCUAAAACUGACAUUUGACACAGUUGUAAAUACCUGGUUCCUCCACUGCUGAUGCACCAAGUCUGCAAGAUACACCACAGCAACUACCUGAACUUUAUUUUUGAAACUCCAAAACCUGUAAUAUUACCUACAAAGACCAAAGGCAGCAGAUGCACAAGAAUCCUAUCAUCUUCAAGUCACACUGACCUGAUGUAGACAAUGUAUUGACAAUUUCUUUGUAAUAUUCAUCUCAACCACCUAAAAAGAUUGUAGCAGUUCAAGGUGACUACUCAACACUUUAAGGCUAACUGGAGAUGGGCAACAAAUGCUGGCCUUGCUAACAAUGUGCAUAAACCAAGAAUGAAUUAAAUAAAGUACUCUGCAGGAAAAGGUGUUAUUCCUUUAUUCACAAGAGACUGCUAAGGCAGCCAGAUGAUGUUGCAUCAAAUAACGGAUGUAAUUCAAACUACUCAAUCAAUUAUUGCCCUGGGUACAAUAAACUUUAAUAAUGCAAAUCAAGACCAUAAUCAGCUGCAACUCAGGCAGAAAUGCUUCUCUGUAUUUUUUUCUCUCCAAGUUGUUAUAAUGAGGCAGCAAAAAAAUCUAUCAUGUUCUAUGUUCCUUCAUUACGGCAACUACUUUUUCCCCUGUAUUUGUGCUUCAAAUAAAGUCAUUGACAAAUAACAAGUUUUUCAAAUUGAUUUUAAAGCUUUUAGUUCCUCCACAUUUCUGCUUACCCUUCUUUUGCAAAGACUGUAACUCCAUGUCAGGACUAGUGUACAAGAUACCAAUUUGUUAAGAAGUCUGAAUCAGGGAGAAGUGGUUAGCUGUCUCCAAGCUGGGGCUUAAAAGCCUAAAUAGAAGUCAAAGGAUGUACAGAGACACAAGCUCUGGUUACAUUUCUAAAAGCUGCACCUUGCUGAUAUCCAGCUCUAAACAUUAUUAUGAGCCCAUGGACUCCCACAGCUACCUUAACUAGGUUUCCUCCCAUCCUGCUUCCCCAUUCCAGUUUGUCAGUUUUUCCAUCACAGGUUUUGCAAUGACACCACCUUCCAUAUCAGUGCUUUGCCAUGUUUUUUUUUCUUUAAUCGUGGCUUCCCCUCCAUGUAGUUGACAGGGACUUCAACUACAUCUGUGCCAUAUCCCAAACUUUUACUCUCACCCAGAACAGGGAUGGGGAUUCCCCUCACCUUCAUCUUCCACUCUAGCAACAGCCAUAUUAAAAAAAACAACUUCCCACACCCAGGCACAUCUCACCCCUCUCUUAUUAUGAAGUGUUUGCUUACAUUUGGUUUAAUUUUCCAUAUCCACUGAUACCCGCACCCCUUCUCAUGGCAACUUCCCACAAAACCACAGGAUGCAACACCCAUAUUGAGCUCCCCUGCAUCGUCUAUGAACCCAAACACACUGUCCAACUGAAGUAUUACUUAUAAUUAUUCCAAUUUGGUCUUACAACUUAAGCAGUCGCUCAGGAUUGAAGCCACCUUGCUUCCACUGAAGAAUGGAAGUUGAGUGCAGGUGAUUUCUUUUAACAUGGAUAGCCAUUGCACAACAGCUACCACAGUCUUGACAGAAUGGGGUCUUGGCCUGAUGACAAGGAGAUCCAAUGCAACCGGACAGCAGGCUCUGCUACAGACCUGAUACAUACAGAUGUACUCUGACCACCCACUCACCAUGAAUACAGACAAUAUUGUGCAUACUAUCCCAUACUGAUCCUAAACAUCCCCAACUCCCGCCCCCCCUUUAUUCUGCCUUACUGUCCCAAUUUCCUUGGUCCCCUACAUUUUCAGCUCCCUCUUUUGCUCACCACCUUUCCAGUUUACUAAUUUCCUCUUCCUUCCCCUCUUAAUUCUCACAUAUUUACCUGGCCCAACUGCUGCCCAGUCUCCAGCUGAAAGCUACUGUAAGAGUGAAGCCAUAGAUAAUUAUGGUUCCAAUACAGGGUACUGCAUUCUGUGCUUAUGAUGUAGUCUCCUCUGUAUUGAGGAAACCAAACAUAUAUUACUUUGUAGAGUACUGUAAUUUAAUCUGCAAGGUUGACCCUGAACUUCCAGUUGCCUGUCAUUUAAUUCUUUACAUGUUUGGCCCCCUGCACUGUUCAAAGCUCAAAGAACAUCUCAACUUCCAGCUUAGUACAUUACAAUCAAGACUCAAUGAAUUCAACAAUUUCAGAAAAUCAUGCAACUGACAUUUUUCCCUUCUGCUUUUCAGAAUUCAUUCAUUCAGCUCCAUCAGACAUAUCUUUACCACCCUCUUUCAACCAGCACUGUGUCAUUCACUCUCUCCUCAGUUUCCCUUUUAUAAGCCCCUUUACCUCCCCGCAACAAUUUCAAACCUUUUCCCAGUUCCAAUGAAAGAUCAACCAGAAACGUUAACCAUUUCUCUCAGUUUCUGCCCAUUCUGCAGAAUAUUUCCAGCAUUUUGUUUUAGUUCAGGUUUCCAGCACCUGCAUUAUUUUGAUUUGGUGUUAAAAUUACUUCAUAGUGCUGCAGCCCUCAGAUGAUGACCCUAAUGGUGCAGAUAUUCUACUUGCAUGACAUGAAUUGAAGUCAACUGUAUGACCACCUCUGUACUCUAGCAGUAGAAAACCCCAAAUCUGUGCAUUAAAUAUUCCUGUAAUUAUUUCUCCAAAUACCACAGCAGUAUUUCAAGACACAAAUGACCCCAAUGGAAAAAUUCCUUUCCACACCUGAAGUUGGAAUGGCACUGACCACUCGCUCCCACUGAACUUAAAGUAGAACUUCCCUUUUGAGAAUGAUCAAUCAUGCACUACCACCGUCUAAAGGGAGGUGAGACUACACUGCAGAAACAAGAAUACUCCCUCCCUCGAUCAAAGUCACAGCCUGGUAUUAGAAGAGGAAGAGAGCAUAAAAACUCCUACCUCAUUCAAAAUUACAAAUCAGAGUGAAAAGAUGGGGACCACAUCAUCUAAUUGAAAUGGUAGCCUAACUUUGUGAAUGAAUGAGCUUAGUACAUAACACAAAAUAAGGUACUUGACAAAAUAGUACACUGCAACUCCCUUCUCUCAAAUGUGACAUUUGUUUCCCUCAAUAAGACAUUGCUCUUGUCAUAGCACUUGUUGUAAUCAUACAGCAUGGGAACAGGAAAUUUGGUCCACCACAUGCAUGCCAACCAAUGGGCUCCCAUCUGUAUUAAUCACAUCUUCCAGAACUUAUCCUGUAGCCUACAAUGCCUAGGUGAUUCAAGGGCUCAUCUAGACAUUUAAUGUUGUCAGCAAUUCUGCUUCUAUCACUCUCUCAGGCAGUCAUUCCAGGCACACCACUCUUUGGUCGAAAAAGAUCCCCUUCAGAUCCUGUGAAUAUGCCUGUCUAAUGGAGGGACAUAGAUCUUGUGCAGGCAGAAAGGAUUAGUUUAAAUUUGGCAUUAUUUCUGCAAAGACAGUUUGCUGAAGGACCUGAAGCUGCAUUGUACUACGUUCUAAAUCUUUUGCCCUAAAUCUCUCCUCUAGUUUUAUUCACCUCUGAUGAGGGGAAAGAUUCCUGCAGUCUCCAAUAUAUACCCCUCAAUCUUAUAUACCUCAAUCACAUCUCUCUCAACCUCCUCCACUCCAAGGAAACCAGACCAAGCCUCUCCAGUCUCUCCUCAUAACUGAAAUGCUCGACACCAGACAACAGCUUGAUGAAUCUCCUCUGCACCUUGUCCAGUGCUGUCACAAAUUUCCUAUUGUGUGGUUUGCAUGCCCUACUCUAGCUGAGGUCUGACCAAUGUUUUAUAAAGUUGGAGCAUAACUUCCUGGCUCUUGCAAUCACAAAGCACCAACUAAUGAAGGCCAGUAUCCCAUAUGCCUUUUUAACCAUGUUAUCUAUUUCUGCUGUCACCUUUGAGAAUCUUUGGACUUGUACAUCAAGUUCCCUCUCUCCCUAGGACACUACCAUUCAUGGUUUAUGUCCCAGCCUCAAAAGUACUCCCAAAAUUAUUUACCUCACAUUGUGGAUUAAAUUCCACCUGCCAUUUCACCAACAGAUUGCUGUCACUGUGUAGCCCAGGAUUACCUGCCACACUAUCAACAAUUCUACGAAUCUUUAUGUCAUCUGUGAGUCUCCUGCAUCCACACCCAAACCAUUCAUGUAUAUUAUAAACAACAGUCUCAGCACCGAUCCCUGUGGAAGACCACUAGUCACAAAUACAACCCUCCUAUUGUCAAGCCAAAUUUGUAUCUUACUGAUUAUGACCCAGGAAAAGGCCUCUCAACACUCCAGAUCCAGGCCAAUUCUCAGCAGAACAAUCUCUUAAGUCUAAUACCCUAUAACCUAUUAUUUGCCACUGUUCUACACAAGCCUUAACUUACAGUGGCCCAUCAACCUACCAGCACUUCUUUGGGGUAUGGGAAAAACUGAAGGACCUGGGAUAUCCACUCAGUCACAGGGCAAAUGUGCUAAUUCCAGAAAGCACCCAAGAUCAGGAUUGAAUUCAGGUCACUAACUGCUGUGAUACUGUCACCAACAAAAUGAUAAGCCAAUGUAUCAAGCAGUUGGAGCAUCUGGGGAUUAUACCUAGACCACUAGAUGUUAUGCACCUUAAAUGCCAAAUAAGAAAAAUACCUCUACACCAACAAAAUCCUACCUCACGGGUAGUUUUAUCCCCUAAUGUCUAACCUCACUUGAUUUGAGACCUUUAGGUAAUUAAGUCUACAUAUACAACAGCACAGGAGGCAAAUUAUUUUUUAAAAAUUACCUCAAACUUUGACAAAAUUAAGAGAGCAAUUUUGUUUAAAUCUGAAGAUGUGCUGGGUACUAACUUGCUUGGCUUUUGCUAUUCUCUCCUGCAGAAGAGGGAUGGGCAGAUUCAUCAUUCCAGGAUAUUCACUUCUCUGCAAGCAGGCUUUUGGGUGCACCAGUGGAGAUGAACUGCAUUCUGCCUAGAAGCUGUUUUUCUCCUGUGUUCCCCCUAUCCUUCCAUGACUGACCAGAUGUUAGGAAUUCAACAUUCAGCAAUAAAACAGGGAGAAUCUACUUUUUCAUGCUUCAUGGGGUGCUACACCGAUGGACCCAUCAGAAGUAAAACAGAUUUCCCCCCUCUCACUAUAGCUCUUAUGACUAUCAAAUCAGCAGUCAUUCUUUUCUCCUUCAUUUAGGGGAAGUUAGAUCUGUUUUUACCUCAACUAUUCUGUUGUAUCAAGCCAAGUUCUACCAGACUGCGACUAUGGAAAGGGUUCCUGAAUUCCCUACUGGAUCCAAGACUUAAAUGUUAUAAUUAGGACUCUUGAGUGCUGAUUUCCUCACAGGCAGUAAGUACAAACACCUUCUCUACUUGUACUCUAUUAACUUUUUCAUAAUUUUGCGGACCAUUCUGAACAAAAUUCCCAGAUUUUUCAUAUACCCGAUAGUUACAAACUCAAUUCUAUUCAACAGAAACACAAAUAGCAGCAGUAUGCCAUUCAACCCCAUGUCUGCUCUGCCAUUCAAUACCUCUUUUUUAUCUCCUUGUUCAUUUCCUGCACUAUCCUCCUAUUCCUCAAUCCCCUUAAUAUGCAAAAAUCCAUUCACUAUAUUCAAUGACUGAGACUCUGUAGCCCUUGAAUAGAGAAUUACAAACAUUUUAUAUCUAGUCCCUGAUGGGUGAGCCCUUUGAGUCUGUGACCCUGGUCCAAAAAGCACCAGCUAGAGGAAAUCAUUCCUCCACCUAUCAACUCCUUGAAGAACUGUGCGCAUUUUGAUUCGAUCACUUCUCAUUCUUCUAACUUCUGGAGAAUACAGCUCAAUCUGCUUACUCUCUCCCAAUUAGACAAGCUCUCGUCAUUCUAGGAAUGAAUCUGGUGAACAUAUCCUGCUCUCCCCAUCACAAUUUAACUAUUCCUUAGGUAGGGAGACCAGACCUGUACACAAGCUUCUAGUUAUGGUCUCACCAGGGCUCUAUUUAAUUCUCUUGCAAUAAUAGGUGCCUUCCAAAUGACAAGCUACACCUGCAUGUUGAUUUUCAGUAAUUUGCACAGAAACCCACACCUUCUGGUCUCCUACCAUUUAAAAACUACUAUGGUAUUGUUUUUCUUUGCGUCUUUUCCGGUUUCUCUAUAUUCUUUUUCCAAUAGCAAGAUAUACAAUAACAGU